AUGGUGAACUUUACCUUGAUGCCAGUUUUACUCUGUUGGAUCUCGUCCUCACUCGCGCAGUUUUACACUGUGGAGGUUCAGCCUGGUGAAGAUGUCACACUGCGCUGCUCCAACUUUAGCAGUAUGUUAUCUCACAUAUUCUGGUUCAAACUGAACAGCAGUCCCAAUGCCAGCUGCAUUUCAUCUAUGUGCAGCUCUGAUAGCAAUGUUUCUUUCUGUGAUGGAUUUCAAAAUGGCAAAUUUAGCAUGACAUCCAACACCACUGAGCUGUUUCUCAGUAUCAAACAAGUGGAUCUAUCAGACUCUGGACUGUAUUUCUGUGGGGCAAAAAACAAUGGAAAUUCAGCAUUUACAAAUGGAACAUUUUCAUUUUUGAAAGUUCAAGAAGCGUCUGAUGGAUCAACACAUCUGCUGUGUGUGAUCCUGGGCAGUUUAAUUGUGUUCCUUCUACUGCUCAUCAUUACCGUGACUGUCAAAAUCAGGAAAUUUCAUAAAGCUCAAGAUGAUGGACAGAAUUUACAACACAGUGAGAUUGUAGAAUCUGAUGCCAUGAACUAUGCAGCAGUGAGUUUCCAUCCCAAAGCUAAAAUCAGAAAACCUGCAGCACACGGAGAGCUGGAGACAAACGUGGUGUAUGCUGCUACCAGAUAG